CUUUCCCUUUUCUUUUUCUUGUCCGGCAUCUCUCUCCCUCUCUCGGCUCUCACCUCUCUCACCUUCUCUUCGAUUUCAUCUACUAAGAGUGAGAUUUUUGAAAAUCCCAAGUACAAAAGUUGUUCUACACGACGAGAGCUUCCUAUCCAUCCAAGAAAAUUCAUGAUCGGAGCACUUUGAAGUUUCUUCCAUGUUCGGGCAUGCUUCUAACCUUCGAGGUAUGGAUAUCUCUACGAGCUAGUGUAGCUCACCCUAUCUUUUCAGGUACUCGCCAUGGCACUUAGCUUGGAUUGCAUGGAGUGCACAUUGAGACGUCUCUUGAGAGCUUCAUUGGAAUCAUUAAGGAGGUGUUUAUCAUCUAGUCUAAUUCAUGUUGUGUACUUUACUCGCAAUUGAAGGUUGUAUUUUUUGGUUAGAACAUAUGUAAAGUUAUGUCUAAACUCCUCUCCUUGAUUAUUGUUAAGCCCCUUUUUUUUUGUGGAAGAUGUUUGGGAGACUUCAUGUAAAAAAAAAAAAAAAUUUAGAGAGAAGAAGAAGCGACUUUGAUUCGUUGUUUGGAUUUACAUGACAUUUAAGAGUAAAUAUAGUUGAGAGAGACUUUUGUUUGUAGAAAAUAUAUUAUUAGUUUAGUUGAAAACCGAGGGCGUGACAAAACCAUUAGCAGCGGAGCGAAAUUGUUAUGAACCAACUAAAGCAAAUCCAUGCCCGCUCUCUCAGAAAAGACAUAGACUUCACAAAAUUCCUCUUCACGAAACUCCUUGAAAUUCCAAACAUCCCAUAUGCCCACCACCUGUUCGAUCUUAUUCCUAACCCAACCGUCUUUCACUACAACAAGCUCAUUCAGGCUUACUCUUCUCAUGGCCCUUACCACCCGUGCUUGUCCCUCUACACCCAAAUGUGCUUUCGCGGCUGCUCGCCAGACCAGUACUCCUUCACUUUCCUCUUCGCUGUCUGCGCUUCCCUUUCCUCCCCUUGUCACGGCCAAACACUCCACUCCCAUUUUGUCAAAUCAGGUUUCGAAUUUGAUAUUUUUGCACUUACGGCUCUGGUUGACAUGUAUGCUAAACUGGGUUUAUUGGCAUCGGCCUGCCAGUUAUUUAAUGAGAUGACAGUGAAAGAUGUGCCUGCGUGGAAUUCGGUAAUCGCUGGUUAUGCAAGGUGUGGAGAUAUGGAGGGGGCGUACGAAUUGUUCGCAGCAAUGCCUUCUAGGAAUGUGAUAUCAUGGACAACAAUGAUAUCUGGGUAUUCACAGCAUGGGCAGUACCAAAAAGCCCUUGAUACAUUUUUGGAAAUGGAGAGAGCAAAAGGAGUGAGGCCAAAUGAAGUGACUAUAGCCAGUGUUCUUCCGGCCUGUGCAAAUCUUGGGGCAUUGAAGAUUGGGCAGAGGAUUGAUGUUUAUUCAAGGAAGAAAGGAUACUUUGGUAAUAUGUUUGUGUGCAAUGCUAUCUUGGAGAUGUACUCCAGGUGUGGGAGCAUUGAUAUGGCAAAACGUGUUUUUGAUGAGAUUGGUCUCAAUAGAGAUGUGUGCUCCUGGAAUUCUAUGAUCAUGGGUUUAGCUGUCCAUGGAAAAUGCAAUGAGGCUCUUCAACUCUUCCAAGACAUGCUGAGGGAAGGAAUUGCACCAGAUAAUGUUACAUUCGUGGGAGUUCUCUUGGCAUGCACUCAUGGAGGCAUGGUAGUUAGAGGACGAGAGCUUUUCCAAUUGAUGGAACAAAACUUCUCGAUCAUUCCUAAAUUAGAACAUUAUGGAUGCAUGGUUGAUCUUCUAGGUCGAGCAGGAGAAUCACAUGAAGCUUAUGAUCUUAUACAAAGUAUGCCAAUGCAGCCGGAUUCUGUAGUAUGGGGAGCUCUGUUGGGGGCGUGCAGUUUCUAUCACCAUGUUGAAUUGGCAGAGAAAGCAGCAGAAUCACUCUUUAAGCUUGAGCCAUGGAAUCCAGGAAACUAUGUUAUCCUCUCCAAUAUUUAUGCAUCAGCAGGGAAAUGGAAUGGAGUUGCAAAGCUACGGAAGAUGAUGAAAGACGGAAGGAUAACAAAGGCAGCCGGGUAUAGUUUCAUCGAAGAGGGAGGACGAAUUCAUAAGUUUAGUGUAGAGGAUAGAUUGCAUCCGCGAUGUGUUGAAAUAUAUGCACUUUUGGAUGAAGUUUCAGCUAUUAUGAAACUACUUGGAAAUACCAUUGAUUUGGAUUGUUCAUUUGAAGAAUCUUGGAUCAUGGGAUAAAAUCUUCUACUUUUCAUGA